AUGAAAGUUGCGAAGACUAAUGCAGACCAAGUUAAAGAUGAUGCCCUAUCAACAUUACAUAAGUCUAAUCGUUCAAGUAUUAAACCCAAUUGUAAAGCGUUUAUAACAGAAUUUGGAUUGCGCUCUUCAAGAUUCAUCAAAUGUUCAGUUGAUAAUGCGAGACCUUUUAGAUUUUGUGAAGGAUGUGUUGUACAUUAUCAAAGAUCUAAGACAGUUUAUGGUGAUAUUGUCCAUAAUGAUGAAUCCUUAGAUAAUUGUCGGAAGGAAUUGUUAAAUUCAGAUCGUGUUCAGGUGAUCAGUAGUGUUCAGAGAGAUAUUGACAGGAUUUGGCAAACUGCUGAUUGUAAACAAUGUUUUUCCUCUAUAUCAGAAGAUAAAAAUGGUACAGUUCACUAUACACUGACAGAAAGAACAAAAGAAUUUCUUGCUGUGUAUAAAAACUUUACAGAAUGCAUACCAGCAAAUAGAACAACAUACAACCAUUCAGUAUGUACAAACUGUGAACCGUAUUACAAUGAGAUGAACACAAAGUUUGAUAAGAUGUUGAAUGAUCCACUGGCACCACAGCAUGUUUGUAUGGAUAUAGUUGAUAUGAUGAAUUAUACACGACUGAUAUGGGGAGAGCAACUGAAGUGUACGGAUGUAAACAGAGAGUAUACAGCUGUUUUGACUAUAGCUAUUGGUUUCCUGCUCCUACCUGUAUUCUUUUAUGUGGGCCUUGCUGUAUAUGGAACCAAAAGAACAAGGAACCUGAUAAAACAAAAAAGACUGGCAUUCUUCAAUCAUACCAAGACGUAUGGAACAUUAGACAGUCCUCCCCUCCUUACUGAAGAUGGUGCAUUAGAUGUGUCACGUGACUCAGCCAACCAAUCAGCAUCAAGCAGCCAAUCUUUAGAAUCAUAUGAUCAAGUAAACAGUGGAAAAAGAACUGUGAAUAACAGGUCACCUUUUGUGUUUUCAUGAAAGCAAGUUUUUCCAUUGAAUUGUGAGAAUUAAAUCAAAUAUAAUUGUGAAUGUCAAGUUAUCACAAGUGAAUUUGAUUUGAUAUACAUUUGAAGAUAACAUUUGAAGUUUAAGAAAAAUAGAGUUGUAAAUUCAUAAAGAUAUUUGUAAUAUUUCGUUUGUAAGUUCGAAUGUUCUAAAAUAAUACAUAAAUGAUCAUAAAAAACUAGUUUGGCCUACUUUUUGUGGGAAAAUUGAUGAAACAAAACGGAGAUCCCAGAAUGAAGGACUAAAUAAGGAUUCACCCCACAAAUUUUUCUCCACAUUUUAGUAACAGUUAGCCCCGGAUUUUUACCAUUCACUUCACUUUAAAAUAAUCCUAGAACACAUACCUUUAAUCAUAAAAAUCAGUAAAUGAUGACAUUUAAUGUAUGCUUUUGUAUUUGUAUAAAGUAAAUGACAUUAUUUUUUUUUAAAUCAAGACAUUAAGAUAAAUAUAUGUAUUUAUAGAAUAAAAUGAUAUAGUUUUUCUUAGUGACAAUGUGUGUGUUUGUUAGAAAACCUUAUUAUUUGUCUCAGAGGGUUGGUAUGCAUUAAUGUAAUGCAUAUUUAGCAUGAAGAUUCUUAUAUAAAUCUCUAGUUUAGAACAUGAUGUGAGAUAUAAUAAAAUAUAAAGAAUGAAUAGAAAAUAUCAUAAAUAACAAUGUAUAAUCAUUCUGUUUUAAAGAGUCAUGAAAAAAGUGAUAGAUAGAAUGAAUCCUUAACUUUGGUAUGACAUGGACAGAAUGGAUGCAGUUAUAAAACUUGACUCAUUUAUUUACAUGUACAUGUAAUAAAGUAUAUUGCUUGCAUUUGUGAGACUAUCAAACAGACCUUGCUUUUACUCAUCAAUCUUGUUUUUCCUGGUUGCGCAUGCCUGGCUUGUUAAAAUAUAUUAAGAAAUGUUUUGUAAGUGUUGAAGCAUGGAAUUUUGUAAGGGUUGUUAUAAAGUGUAAUUUGAAGAGGUUGUAAAUUAAUAAAAGAGUAUUUUACAAGUAACAUGUAUUUGUUUAGACAUUUUUUAAGUUGUUUUGUUUUUAGCUCACCGGAGCACAAAAUACUUAAGGCAAGUUUUUGUGAUAACCCUGUGUCAGGUGUUUCUAGUGCAUUCAUAAAUAGUUCACUUAACAUCCACUGAACUGCUUGGCCAAAAGUGAUUAAACUAUAUACAAACAUUCCUUGGAUGGUUAUUCUAUAAAAGUACUCAAAUGGUACUGGUUUCCUGAACAAGACCACCAGUUUGAGAGCUACAAGAUCAUUAGUUGGUUUGUUACAAAAAUUAGUAAAAUCUUUCUUGUCUGUCCAACAAAAUGGCCACCAGUUCUUAAAGUAGAAAUAAGCCUUAAGCCCCUACUAAGUUGUUUAAAAAUAAAAGGUAAAAAUAAAAAUAAGCUGUAUAGUCUGGUACCCUUACUACUAUUCUAGGAUAGCAUGGUAGCAGGGGCAGAUAAUCAGAAUAAUAAUCUUUAACCCUUACCCCAUGAGCAUAUUGUGAAAAAUGGCCGUUUUCAUUGAAAAGCCUCCUGUUACAAGUUCAAACUGCUAUGAAACUAUGAAAAAUGCUUCAAUACUAAUCAAAUUUGACACAAAUGUUGACUGGACCAUUGCCUUUGUAACGACAUGCUCAGUCUUAAAUUUCCUGUUACCAGGGCAACAAGGGGACGUCUCAAAAUUGCAAAAAAUCACUAUUUUGCCUCAAUUUUUUCAAUCAAAAUUUAUUUCAAAGUGCUGCAACUUCUCAAGGGAUUGAGAUAGAGUCAAAGGCUUUUCAGCAUUGGUUACAUGUUACCUUAUGAUCGAUCUGGGGUCAUUUUUAGCCUCUCACAAGUCCAAAAUUUUCUUGGCGAUGAGGGGGACUACCGCCCCCCCCAUCAAACCCCCCAAACAGAAGGGGGCACAUCCCCCUUCUGGCAACCCCCUGAUGUAUCUUUUCAAUGGGGGGCAGCGCCGAAAAAGUGCUCACUUUUUUAGCAACAUUUCUCAAACGAAAACAUGUAUUUGGGGCCCAAAUAGGACAAUUUUUCACUUUUUUAGGCCUGAAAGAGGGGGGGGGGUCGAAAGUGCGUUGAUUCACGUAUAUAUGAGGUAAAGGGUUAUACAACAUCUCAACUGUUGGGCAAAUUUAAAUUAAAUUUAAUAGGAAUUAACUUUGAGUGGUACUUUACAAACAUUUCCAAAAAUCAUUACAGUGUGCUGAAGAAGAUGGAUGCUGGCAUGCUAAUUACACAAAUAAAGAUUACAUUAUAUUUCCUCAACCCUGGCAGAUUUUGAUAAAACUUUAUAAAAUGGUAAAUAUGUCUUGAUAAUAAAAUCUUGUCAAUGUAAACCAUAUCCUCUGAUGAGUAAUUUAGGGCCAUCUUGUUUCUAUUUUAGAUAAUCCAACAAGUUUUUAAUUAUUUUACCUAAUACAGUAAAAAUGUCAAAGAUGAUGGAUCAACAGCAGUUUGUUUGUUUUUAUGUAUUUUUAUGUAUUUCUUCAUAUUUUUGGCCUGUAUGUCCAAUUGAUUGAGGUCGUUUUCUAUCAGUCAAAAUUUGCCAUUGUAACUUAUGCUUCUGCUCAAAAUUCAAAUACCCAGUCUUGAGUGAUAUGAUGAAUGGAGAUGUUAGGCAUAGAGACAUAGGCAUAGAAAGUUCAGUUAUUGAACUUACUAUUGUCAUUGAGACUUUUUAUUAUGCCCCCAUUUCGAAGAAAAGGGGGUAUAUUGCUUUGCACUUGUCGGUCCGUCGGUCCGUAGACCAAAUGGUUUCCGAGUGAUAACUAAAGAACCCUUAGGCCUUGGAACUUCAAACUUGGUAUGGUGAUUGGUCAUGAUCAGUAGAUGACCCCUAUUGAUUUUGGGGUCAAGGGGUCAAAGGUCAAGGUCACAUUGACCUUGUAAGCAAAAACGGUUUCCAAUCAAUAAGUAAAGAACCUUAAGGCCUAGGAACUUCAAACUUGGUAUGGUGAUUGGUCAUGAUCAGUAGAUGACCCCUAUUGAUUUUGGGGUCAAGGGGUCAAAGGUCAAGGUCACAUUGACCUCUUGGGUAAAAACGGUUUCCGAUCAAUAACAAAAGAACCCUUAGGCCUAGGAACUUCAAACUUGGUAUGGUGAUUGGUUAUGACCAGUAGAUGACCCCUAUUGAUUUUGGGGUUAAUUCCGAUCAAUAACCAAAGAACCCUUAGGCCUAGGGACUUCAAACUUGGUAUGGUGAUUGGUCAUGAUCAGUAGAUGACCCCUAUUGAUUUUGGGGUCAAGGGGUCAAAGGUCAAGGUCACAUUGACCUCUUAGGUAAAAAACAGUUUCCGAUCAAUAACUAAAGAACCCUUAGGCCUAGGAACUUCAAACUUGGUAUGGUGAUUGGUCAUGAUCAGUAGAUGACCCCUAUUGAUUUUGGGGUCAAGUGGUCAGAGGUCAAGGUCACAUUGACCUCUUAGGUAAAAACAGUUUCUGAUCAAUAACUAAAGAAGCCUUAGGCCUAGGAACUUCAAACUUGGUAUGGUGAUUGGUCAUGACCAGCAGAUGACCCCUAUUGAUUUUGGGUUUAAGGGGUCAAAGGGCAAGGUCACAUUGACCUUGUAGGUAAAAAUGCUUUCCGAUCAAUAACUUAAGAACCCUUAGGCCUAGGAACUUCAAACUUGGUAUGGUGAUUGGUCAUGACCAGCAGAUGACCUAUUGUUUUUGGGGUCAAGGGGUCAAAGGUCAUGUAACAUUGACCUUGUAGGUAAAAACGGUUUCCGAUCAAUUAACUAAAAACGCUUAGGCCUAGGAACUUCAAACUUUGUAUGAUGAUUGGUGGUGACCAGCAGAUGACCCCUAUUGAGUUUUUGGUCAAGGGGUCAAAGGUCAAGGUCACAUUGACCUUGUAAGUAAAACGGUUUCUGAUCAAUAACUUAAGAACGCUUAGGCCUAGGAACUUCAAACUUGGUAUGGUGAUUUUUCAUGACCAGCAGAUGAUCCCUAUUGAUUUUGGGGUCAAAGGUCAAGGUCACAUUGACCUUGUAUGUUAAAACGGUUUCGGAUCAAUAAUAAAAGAACCCUUAGGCCUAGGAACUUCAAACUUGGCAUGGUGAUUAGUCAUGACCAGCAAAUGACCCCUAUUGAUUUUGGGGUCAAGGGGUCAAAGGUCAAGGUCACAUUGACCUUGUAGGUAAAAACGGUUUCUGAUCAAUUAACUAAAAACGCUUAGGCCUAGGAACUUCAAACUUUGUAUGAUGAUUGGUCUUGACCAGCAGAUGACCCCUAUUGAGUUUUGGGUCAAGGGGUCAAAGGUCAAGGUCAUGACCAGUAGAUACUUGAUAACCCUUAUUAAUUGUUUGAUCACUGGGUCAGAAGUCAUGCAUAAUUACCUUAUCACAUGAAUAAUUGGCUGCUGAUAGGGGGCAUACAUGUUUUACAAACAUAUCUUGUUUACUUCAUGCUCUAACAAUGGUUUUAAUAUAGUUUGGUUCUGUUAGUUGGUACAUAACAUCCAAUAUAUUCCUUUUUGACAUCAUUAAAUUAUGACCUCACUUUUUUCCAUUGAAAAAUAAUUCAAUAAUUCUUGGAUUUUUGUUUAUUAGAAUACACUACAAAUUUUCGGGGGGAAUAAAUUUUGCCAUUUUAUAAUUGGAGGGAACCAGCCAAGAGAAAUGGAGGCUGUAUGCAUAUUGUUACAUGUGAAUGAGCAUUAUGUUGAUGUCCAUGUAAUUAUUGCUAACAAUUUUACUUUUGUAGUUCUAUUGAAAUUUAUAUGAUGUGCAUGUAUAUAAAUAAGAUUUUCUUUCUGCAUGCAAAUAUGGUUUUGCUAUCUACAGUUUAAUUAUACCAGAUUUCACUGUUACAUUAAUUUAGCAAAACACUAUUCACUGUGAUAAGUGAGUUACCUGCUUUAUAAUUUGUAAAAAAUAAGAAAAAAAUAUUUUAAAGAAAUUGAGUUGAACAUUUGUGCAGUACUGGUAUGUUCAUUGUGACAUUGAAAAUUGUAAUUUUCUUCUUUUUAUAUGCCCGAAAGAAUUUCGGGCAUAUUAUGUUAUACCCCCUGGCGUCUGUCUGUCAGUCCGUCCGUUAGCAAUUUGGUUUCCGGAGCAUAACUUAAGUUCCAUUUGGCCCACAAUAUUCAAUCUUCUAAGGAUGAUUGUCCAUAUUGGGUAGAAGACCCCUAUGUAUUUUGGGGGUAACAAGGUCAAAGGUCAAGGUCACUAUUACCUUAAAACUGAAAACAGUUUCCUCUCAAUAACUUCAUUAUUAAUCAACCUACAGCUGUAAAUUUUUUCUAGGAUGAAUAGCCAUGUCCAAUACAUGAUCCUUAUUGGUUUUAGGGUCAUAAGGUCAAAGGUUAGGGUCACAAUAAUGAUCUUUACACUGAAAAUUGUGGUUCCUGAAGCAUAACUUAAGUUCCAUUUGUCCCACAGUGUGAAAACUUCAUAGGAUGAGUGUCAAUAAUGAGAAGAAGACCCCUAUUAAUUUUUUGGUCACAAGGUCAAGGUCACUAUUACGGUAAUGCUUUAUUUAAUUCCCAUGUCUUACAAAUGCUUCAUCCUUACAAAAAAACACUUUCGGGCAUAUAAUGCUCUGUCUAGCGGUGCUCUUGUUUUUCUUUGGGAUGGAAUGUUUCAAUGGAGUGAGCUUCAUGUAUCUUAAGGGCUACUUUAGCCCUUUUGUCUCAUAUUAUUGAGCUGUGUAUUUUUUCAUUAGUACAAUAAUAAUAUAAUUGUGAGCUUAUAAAGAUAAGUUUGAUGCUUCAUUCAGUGCAAUAUUUAUUUAUGUGAACUAUGCAGAAACCAUUAUGUUGUUUAUGUCAUAAAAAGCUUCAUUCAGUGCAAUAUUUAUUUAUGUGAACUUAUGAUGUAAAAACCAUAAGUUGCUUAUGUCAUAAAAGCUUCAUUCAGUGCAAUAUUUAUUUAUGUGAAUUAUGUAGAAACCAUAUGUUGCUUAUGUCAUAAAAGAGUGUUCAAAGGAAGCAUCUUAUGACUGCUUAUAUAAUAUUUAGAGCUUUUCAUAAAAUAACACCAAUUUGUUUAUGUACUGUGUGUAAUAUGGGAAUACUGAAGCCCAAAUAAUUAUUUCAUAUUAAUUUGUCAUUUGGGUGAAAGUGUUAUAUGCUUAUGCAGUUAAAUAUGGGAGAUAAUGUUGAUGGAUAUUUAUUUAGCUGCUUUUGACAUUGCACAUUUUCUUGCAAUUUAUUAUAUUCUUAUAAAUGAAAUAUUGAGAAAAUUAAAUAUUGAUGAAAUAAAUUAA